AUGGCAACACAGUUUGUCCAAUAAUUGAUGACGCAAUGUUGUUUUUUUCUCGCAUCGGCUCAUCAAACUAGUUUUAGUAUAAAACCUCUCACAAUUGAAACAGCUGCCCUCACCUUAUAGCAGAGAAACAUCGAAGAGCCCAUAAUGCCAGUAAGUAAGCGGGUAGCGGUCAUCGGAGCCGGCCCCUGUGGUUUGGGUGCUGUCAAGAAUCUCAAGGAUGAGGGCUUGGAACCUGUCUGUUUCGAAAGGACUGGCCAUCUUGGAGGCUUGUGGAGAUAUCAUGAUGAAGACAUGGAUGGAGUAGCUUCGGUUAUGAAAACUACCAUCAUCAAUACGAGCAAAGAACUCGGAGCUUGCAGCGAAUGCCCACCUCCUGCUCACUACCCAAACUACAUGCACCAUACUUUGAUGUAUGAAUACAUUCACGCUCUAGCUGAAAGAGGAGACUGCAUUCGGCACAUUAAAUUCUAUCAUGAAACGAAGUCGAUCGAGAAGGCUGAAGACUAUGAGAAAACGGGUCGAUGGAAAGUAACAUGUAGAAAUACUCAAACAGGAGAGUUGGUAUCCGACACAUUUGAUUGUGUGUGUAUUUGCAUUGGUCAUCAUGUGUUUCCCCAUGAACCGACUUUUCCUGGGCAGGAAGAAUUUGAAGGCAAGAUUCUCCACACUCACAGUCUCAAGAAAGUAGAUGGAUUUGAGGACAAGCGUGUAGUUGUUGUGGGCGUAGGAAAUUCAGGCAUGGAUGCAGCAGUAGAAUUGAGUGCUGUGGCUAAAAAGGUUUAUUUGAGUAGCAGACGAGGCGCUUGGGUCUUGCCUAGAGUUGGACCAAAAGGCAAUCCAUUUGAUGCCACAUUUGUAAGGCGCUACUUGCACCUCCUGCAGAAUAUUUUACCCUACAACUUAAUCUGCUACGUAUCCGAGAAGCAACUUAAUGAAAGGUUUAAUCAUGAAUUGUAUAACCUUAAACCUAAACACAGAGUCUGGAGUCAACAUCCAACUGUCAGUGACACUCUACCAAUCAAACUCUUGAGUGGAGUGGUUGUGACUCGAGGAGGUAUCAAACGCUUUACAAAGAAAGGAGUUGUGUUUGAUGGCGAAGAGGAAGAAACUGAAGUAGACGCCGUAGUGCUUGCUACGGGAUACAAAGUGAAAUUCCCUUUCCUAAGCGAUGAUAUUCUUCCAAUCAAAGACAACAAAGUUCGACUUUACAAGUUUAUUUUUCCACCUCAUCUUCCUCAUUCUACUUUGGCUAUUUUAGGUCUUAUCCAACCAAGCGGUCCUGGAUUUCCUUGCGGAGAAAUGCAGUGCAGGUGGAUAUCAAGAAUUUUUUCUGGCAACCACAGUCUUCCGUCAAGAGAUGUGAUGGAGGCUGACAUCGAAAAGAAACUCGACCACAUAAGGAAAAGAUUUGUUGACUCACCAAGGCACACAUUGCAAGUCGACUUUAUUUCGUAUCAGGAUGAGCUUGCAGAAGAAAUAGGAUGCAAGCCAAAUUUCUUGAAACUGUUUUUCACCGAUCCGAAACUUUUCUGGGCAUUGGUUGUUGGUCCGUCUCUUCCAUACCAAUACCGACUCCAAGGACCACAUCCUUGGGAAGGUGCAAGAGAUGCUAUUUUAACUUACAAAGAGAGAGUUGUCACACCCCUUCUCAAACCUGGGCAGAAAUAUGUACCAAGAAAACGAGGUUUGCUCCGAGUUGGAACAAUUAUACAGCUUUUAUUUAUUUUGCCAAUUCUGUGGUUGUUUUAUUCUUUAAUUUUUAAUUGAUUUGUUUAAUGUUACGAGGCAAGGAAAUUUAUUUUGUUGAAAACGGAAGAAAUUACUGUCUUCUAUUAUAUCCGGGCAAAUAUGUCAAGUUUUCUCUAGCCUGGAGUGGAAUAUUUUGAGAUACUAAUGUAUGGAGACGAUUCUUGUCUUUUUGAUGACAUUUUUAGAUUUUCAAUAUUUUUUGGAAAUUCUUUUGUAAUUUGAAAAUAUUUUUCAAAGAGUUGAUAAGAAAUAAAAUAUAUAUUUGUAAAAUGGAGAAAAUAUUUUUUGAGCAAUAAUUUUGCCAUAAAUUCACUUUUACUUAGAUGUACAUUUUUCUUUACAAUGUAACUGUCUGUAAAAUAGAGAAUGUAAAUAAACAAAUAGCUUGUUUCUUAAUAAAUCGUUGCAAAUUUCGAAACU